AUGGCGACUGCUUUGGGGACCACUGUCCGGGGGACAACCUCCGCGGCAGCAGUGGACCCGGCGGGAAACUCGUCCGAGUCGGAGAGAGAUGCUGAAUUUCAGGAGCAUGAAAAGAUUCUGUCUCCAGAUUUUCUUUCAGUUGCUCAAAUCAUUGAAAUGCUAGCAGAGGACGUAGAUGGCGUUCAAAGAAAGUUGGCCAUGUUUUUGAAUUUCAAAAAUCUUAAAACCUGUUUACAAGAAGACAUUUUACUGGAUUAUUAUGUAUCUGGAUUUUUGUGGGCUAGAGGCAUGGACUUUUCUGUUACUCAGUAUUCAAAAUUUAUGACUUUACUAGAUAUGUUGCUUCAUAAUCUUAGAACAUUGCAUGUGUCCUUAGAAGACAGCUUAAAGUGGGUUGGAGAAGUGAUGGCUGAAAUUGGACCAUCCCAUUUACAGAAAAAUGAGAAAUGGAAUGUCUUUGACAUAAAACAAGCCAACGCUAUUAUUGAUUACUUAAAAAUCAGCUUAUUUCAACACUACAAGCUGUAUGAGUUUCUGUUCUACUCUGCCAGGGAAGAAAUUGUGCUGGGAACCGAGCAAAUAAUAGAGGUUGUCAAGCCAUCAGGUGGCCUUUUCCCCAACCCUCUAGAAGAAGGAAUCUCAUUUGAUAUUUAUUCAACAUUCAUAGAACCACCCCCAAUAUUGCAUACAGAAAUAAAGAGACUGGAUCAAGAACAAGGCCCGAUGGAGUCCCAGCCAGAAGCCAGCCCUUCAGACACGGAUGCUUUGGUUGGUUUCACCAUUGAAGACGUAAAAUCAGUGCUGGCUCAAGUCACAGAUGACAUUUUAAUCAGCAUUCAGACUGAGAUCAACGAAAAGCUGCAAAUACAGGAAGAGGCCUUUAAUGCUCGAAUAGAAAAAUUGAAAAAGGCCUGAGGACUCGGUACAAAGAGAGUGAUGCUAAACUUCACAGACACAAACAAAAACCGUUGAAAUAAUAGACUCUCUAGAGCAUCGUUUUGCCUUUAUUUACUGGGGAGAGGAAAACCAAGCCCCACUCUUUAUUAUCCUAAGUAAUUAGAAAAGUAUUGGCCCCAAUUUUGCUAUCUCCUGUCCCAUAACAGCCUCUGAAUUUAUUGCACUGAGUGUAACAAGAACAUUUUGUAUACAAGAGUUUGGAGAAUUAUAUAUAAAAAUACAAUUACUUUUACAAUACUCCUUUGACAUUUUGACUAAUAAAUUUUAUUCAUCUUCAAGGAGAAUGAAGCCAACAUUUUUAAAUAAAGACAAAUAAUAAUAAUUUUAUCCAUAUUGACCCACAUGGGCUGCCACACAAAUGGAUACUACUACCAGACUACUGAGGAUGAAACUUGUUCAAUGAUAGCUAUUCAAAUGCAUACACUAGGGGUUUUUUUUCUCUAAAUCAUUUGGUUUUCUUAUUUAAAUGUUUCAGUGUAAAACCAAUUUUCUGAAAUUAUAUAAUGCAGUUUGAAGCACUUUAAUUUA